AUGUCGUAUUAUCUUCUGAAAGAAGAAGAGAUUUUUGAUCUCCACCAGAAGUAUUGUCUGGUAAAGGGAAUCAUCCGCACUUUGAUGAGUUGCGAUCGAACUGAUCCAAAAAUCGAGGAAAUGCUCAAAAAGCAUCGUGAGUAUCUCGUUCAACUCUGGCAGGUCAUGAAUAUGCCCACCAACAUGCUCAAAACCCCGGAGAACCGCGAGGAGGUCCUCAAGGCCUACGAGGCCAUAAAUGAUGCCGAGCACAUCUACACCCGCCUCACCUCUACCUCCCCAUCGCCAUCUUUCGGUACCCUCGCCCGUCUUCGCAACUCCCUCAAGAAUCUGUUCAAGAAGAAUUAG